AUGAGCGCGAUCCUUUCGGCAGACGAUCUGAAUGAUUUCAUUUCGCCGGGGGUCGCGUGUAUUAAGCCAGUUGAAACGCUUCCACAAAAAGACACAAAGAACCCAGAGAACGCCUAUGAAGUAACUACCGAAGACAAAGUUCAACCCGAAGAACUACCUCCGGCGCAGAUCUCUCUGACUGACUGUCUUGCUUGUUCUGGCUGUGUUACAUCCGCCGAGGCAGUACUGAUUUCUCUUCAGUCUCAUACCGAGGUCCUCAACACGCUCGAUGCAUACCCGGAGAUACCUCUAGCGCAUGGACACAAUGGGACAGUGGCGAACAAUGCGGGUGACUCUGGUGAGAGCAAGAUCUUUGUGGCCAGUGUAAGCCCGCAGGUUCGAGCAAGCCUGGCAACAACAUAUGGUAUUUCGGAGAAAGAGGCGGGGUACAUGAUCGACCAAUUGCUCAGCGGUCCGCAGGGCCUGCGGGGAGGAGGCAAGAAUGGCAGCGGCUUUACUUGGGUGGUAGACACAAAUGUCAUGCGAGAGGCUGUCUUGGUUCUUACUGCAGAUGAGGUAUCAGACUCGCUCAACUCGGGAGAGUCCACCGGUCAAUCUGAUGACUCUCUUCCCAAGCGGCCUAUUCUGUCUUCUGCAUGCCCCGGAUGGAUUUGCUACGCCGAGAAGACACACCCGUUUAUUCUUCCGCAUCUGUCACGACUCAAGUCUCCACAGGCUCUGUCGGGAACAUUUCUCAAGACUGUGCUCAGCAAGUCUCUCGGAGUUCACCCUUCUCGGAUUUGGCAUUUGGCAGUGAUGCCCUGCUUUGAUAAGAAGCUGGAAGCCAGUCGAGAAGAGCUUACAGAUGUUUCAUGGCGACAUGGAGAUGACCUGGGUUCUGACGCACAGCCUGUCCGCGACGUAGACUGUGUCAUCACUGCCCGUGAGCUUCUGUCUCUAGCUUCCGCGCGCGGAUUCUCCCUGCCAAAUCUUCCUUUGCAAGCUUUGCCUGCAUCUUUCACGCCGCCAUUCCCCGAGAAAACACUUGAAUCUUUCCUUUCAUUCAAACGAUCUCGAGCCGAACAAUCUCUCGCCACUGGUACAUCUGGAGGCUAUCUACACCACGUUCUCACUAAUUUCCAAUCCCGCAACCCUGGAAGUGAACUUGUGGUCAACCGCGGGCGCAAUGUCGACGUCGUGGAGUAUGUUCUCAUGUCUCCAGAAGGUCAGCCGAUAUUGAAGGCCGCUCGCUAUUAUGGGUUCCGAAACAUUCAAAAUCUUGUCCGGAAGCUCAAGCCCGCGCGGGUGUCAAGGCUUCCAGGCGCAAAGCCCGUCGGCAAGCCCGCCGCUGGUCGACGCCUGCCCACGUCACGCAAUGCUGCGUCUACUGGCAGUUCAGGAUCUGAUUAUGCCUAUGUGGAAGUAAUGGCCUGCCCAGGCGGUUGCACGAAUGGUGGUGGUCAGAUCCGAGUAGAGGACGCCAGAGAAGCCAUCACCCCCGCUCAGGAUGACGAAGCAGGCGCACCUGUGAAAGCAUCACCCCAUGAACAGCGGACAUGGCUUGCGCGCGUUGAUGAAGCAUACUAUUCUAUGGAAUCAGACUCUGAGCCAGAGACAGACUCCCAAUUUGAACAGGACUCCGUGGCUGAGAAGGAAGCUAGGAUUCAUGACGGCUUGCGUCGCUGGUCCCAAUUCAUGGAUAUACCGCUUUCUAAGCUUGUAUAUACAACAUACCGCAAGGUUGAGAGUGACGUUGGCAAGGACCAAACUCCUGCUAAUGACACGACUCGUGUCGUUGAAUUAGCUGGCAAGAUCGGUGGUGGUUGGUAA